AUGGAGAAGAAGCUCCGGUCAUCUCUCAAGACAUCCGCCGAAGAAUUCCUAUCAUCUGCCGUCAAAUUAACCUUAAAAUCGUCAAAACCGUCGCUGAAGAGCAUCAUUAACGCCGUCAAACCUUCCUCCGACCUCUCAUCUUCUCUCCCAAUCGCUCUUCACAACUCCAUACUCAGUCACACACAGUCUUUCCAGAAUCUCGGGGACGAAGAUGAUCUCGAGAGGCAGCAGAUUCUUGCUUCUCUCCAGGUCCUCUCUCAUAUACUUCAUCUCUGUCUAUUAAGCCCCAAAAACGCUUUUUCUACCUCCGAUUUACUGCCCGCUGCUCAAUCUUUGCAUAAUAGUCUCAUUCUGUUUGAGUCGGAUCCUGUUCUAUGCCACGAGAUUGCUGGAUUUUGUGAGUGUUGGUGGAAGGAAGGUUUCGUGGGUAGAGAAACCUUAAUUUCUCAGUCGUUACCUUUUCUGCUCUCGAGGUCAUUGACAUUGAAGAAGAAAGUAGAUGUCCAUCGUGUCUACAUGCUCAGGGAGGCCUUCACAUUGUUUGAUUUCGAGGACGAGAGCAUUGAAGAUCUGAGGAUGCUGCUCAUGCGUUGUGUGGUUUCGCCUUUGUAUGUCAGGACAGAAGACGGUCAGAGAUUUGUCUCUUUUGCUUUUGGCCUUAGCCGACAAUUGAUGAAGGCUGGUCUUGCUCUUGUUAAGGCUCAGAUUCCCUUUGGUAGGAAAUCUGUGAUUGAGGGAUUUGGCACGAUUCUCUUUAGGGCUUGGAAAGAAGUAGAGCAAGAUUUGAAGGGUGAGAUUGAAGAUGGGUUUUUGCAGGGCAUCAUUGAGAGUGCUAUUCACGCCUCUUCUUGCGCCUUUGCUGCCUCUCUAAGGAGGGUUUUGGCAGGGUUUAUUAGCCAGCGGACAACUCAAGGAGUUGAGAAGCUCCUCUUUGGCCUUGCUCAGCCCAUGAUAUUUCGAUCAUUGCAGGUUGCAAAUUCAAAUGUUCGUUUAAAUGCUUUACAUUUACUUCUGGAUCUUUUCCCCAUGGAGGAUCCUGAUGCAACAAAAGAAGCAAAAGAUACACUGCUCGACAAACAGUUCUACUUGUUGGAAAAAUUAAUGAACGAUGAAUGCCCAGAUGUGAGGUCUGUUGCUGUGGAAGGUCUCUGCCGAGUUUUCUAUCUUUUCUGGGAAGUGAUCCCAUCACCAACCAUUACCAAGAUCAUCACAAAAAUUUUCGAUGACAUCUCACACGACUCCUGCAGUGAGGUUAGACUUUCAACGGUUAAUGGUAUAACUUAUCUCCUUGCAAACCCACAAUCCCAUGGAAUUCUUAAAGUGGUUCUGCCAAGACUGGGGCAUUUGAUGCUAGAUAAUGUUACUCCAGUACGGGUUGCUAUGGUAGAUCUGCUCCUGCUUUUAAGAGAUGUUCGGACUUUCCAGUUCAACACGGUAGUGAGCUUGGAUGUGUUAUUAUCUGUGCUUGCCUCUGAUCAGACUCUUGUUGCUAAGGGAAUCGCUCGACUGCUAAUACCAUCAUACUUUCCAUCAAGAAAGAGAGCUGAAGAGGCAUGCACGCGAUGUUGGACACUAAUAAAAAGAAACCCAAUGGCUGGUGCAAGGUUUUGCGAAUUCCUAGUAUCGUUAGGAGCAACCGUUCCAUCGGUACUGCAGCUUGUUGGAUUCUUCUUGAAUUCAGUCUUGUCAGGUGAUAAGCUAGAGGAAAACCAGAUUGAAGGCUUGCUUCUCGCUGCGUACUAUCUUUGCAAAGAUCUGGUUGCUGAUUCUGGGUGUAUGGCCUCUCUUAAAGAGCUGUUACUUGGAGAAAAAUUGAAAAGUUUGCUAGCUUUUUCACCCACUGCACAGGCUCAGUCAGCUGUCUUUGAUAUUAUUUCUAUUUUCUCCCCUGAUAUGGUCUCUGACAUCUUAGAACAUUGCAUGGCUUUAGUUGUCAACUGUGGUGGCUUGCCUGGGGAUGCAGGACGACAGACCGAGUUGAGGUCUGUACACAAGUUACUCCUCUCUGCUAAUGCCUUCCGUGACGUCAUUGGAACUUUUACCAGUAUCCUGCAGAAGACUGCGUACCGUUGUCAGAUCAGUUUUGGCUAUGAAGUAGAAAGAAAGAAUGUGUAUUCCAUGCCUAGGAAGAAAUCAAAGUCCUCUGGAAAAUCUUCAACAAGGUGGAAACAUGUUAGCGGAAAAAAUGCAAUCAGUUUCGAAGAAGAUUACUCAGUUGCUGUAGGAAUAGCAUGGCAAAUAAAGGAUUUACUCAUUACUGAAGAUGCUCGGAAAGCGAUACUUGAGUCUGAUAUUGAGGAGUUAUUCCUUGCCUUAACAGUCAUCUCACAGACUAGCAUUCUACAAUUCUCUUGUUGUGAAUACAUGGACGUGUACCCUCUAUUGGCAUAUACUUCUCUUGCUUUCCAAGUGACUCUUCAGAAUCUGAAUGUGGUUGCUCAGGAGAAUGUUAAGAAAAUUGCUGAGGAUAUUCUGGACCAAACAAUGGACCACAUUCUAGGCUGUACAGAUGAAUUAUUUCAGGCAGGUGAAAGUGGAGUGACAUGCACCAUAGAUCUAGAGGCUAACCUUAGCAAGAAAGUGACUACAAGUAACUGCAACCAACACUACCGAGAACCAAAAAGAAGAUUAUCAAGUGCUGAUAAUGAUGCUUCUGAGGGAUCAAAGGAAGGAGGGGUACUGAACAAGGUCAAGAUGCUAACCGCAAUUCUCAAGUUUAUUGUUGAGUCUACAGAGAUGGGUCUGUGUUCCCACGUCCAAGUAAGGAUGUUGAAGUUCACAUCUGCAUAUCUAAAGUAUGCCACCUCCAUUUUCAACAACCAUUCAACCAGUAAGUCACAAUUUGAGGAUGCAGAUAUGAAGGACAUGAUUCUGUGUAUGAAAAGCACGACCAGUUAUGCUGGAAAGUUCAUAAACCUAGUGAUGAGCCACACAACCGAAGCUUCAGGGCCUUUGUUUGAAGCUUUUGAACUUGCAAAUGACCUGCUUGGAUUAUUCACCACGGUCGAGAUAUCUCUAGGCUCAGCUUAUGCAUCAAGACUUGUGACAGCUUUAAACCCUUGGAUACCAGAUUUGGUUCUUGCACUAGGACUUUGUUUCGUCAACAACAACAACAACUUGGACGAAGAAAAUUCAUACACCAGCUCAUUCAACCACAUCAAACUCUGGUUUCCGUCAUGGCUACUUACGUGUGCGAAGAUGGAACUAGAUGAAGAAGAUGAGACCUCGGAUUUCCAUCUCCAACUCCCGACAUUUAAAAGACUGACAAACAGCAUAGUUUCAUUGCUAAAAGGUAAUUCCAAGGUGGUAGAUGGAAUCGGUUAUGUUCUUUUGAUAUGUUCAGCAGUGUGUAUAGAGAAGAAGGAUUACAGUGCAGCUCUAGGAGUGUUGCACUUUCUAUGUGUGAAGUUGGUUGGUAGAGAAGACAGAGAGUGGAGAGGUCUAGACACAAUGUUGGUCUCACUUGCAAGAAUUUACCCGAUAAUAGAGGGAGAUAUUGGCGAAGAACGAAAUGAAGAUGAAGUAAAGAAGCUUGAAGCCGCAAGAGAAUUGCUUCAGCCUGUGUGGAUGUACCAUGUCUAUGAAACCGGAAGGUUCUGCAUGAUGGAGGAAGAAGAAUAA